AUGGAUGUCAAACUGCUGGCACUGAUGGCUCUGCUGUCCGUGGCCACACGUCUACUAACUUCCAACGCAAAGCCCAUCAGUCUGCAACAGCGGUGCUCUUGUCAUUCAAUCCUGAACACGGUUCCUAAACGCUACGUCAAAGCGCUCGAGUUCCUCCACAUACCCAACUGCCCCUUCCAAGUCAUUGCCAAGCUAAAGGACAACAGGAAGGUUUGCAUCAACCCGGAGACCAAGUGGCUGCAGCAGUACUUAAAUAACGACAUUGACAAGGUGAAGACAUCUAGCAGAAACAAGAACAAGAAAAACAACAAGAAAAUCUAA